GUUGGCCACGUAGCUUGUGUAAUUUCGGUGAAGAACAGGGUCCAUUUCCUUUCUGGACAGUACUCUCAGGAUUACAUUGCCCUAAAAAGCCAAAAGGGAUGACCGGAUUCGAGAAAUCCUGAGAAUUGCCUUCCAUCAAUGUCCCUCACAUUCUGCUCUCUCACUCUCCACUGGAAGCCACUGGACUGACAUCACAGUGGCAAGUGGCAACAAACUGUGAAAGGGUAUCAUCAGAUUCUAACCUCACUUGCCGGAAUCAGGAAACAAGCAAUGAGAAAGGAAGGGCAACAGGUUACCGUUGUCGGUAACACAGCUGGGAAGAUCUCCGUCUGUUUCGAGACAAAACCCAUAGUGGCCACAUUAGUAGCCGUGACGCUGUUGAUGGUCAUUUGGAACCUCCAGCUCUACUACGAUAACCUCCUCUCCACCGCCCGUCGCUGCUCCUCCGCCGCUCUUACCACCCCAGUCUUUCCACCCAAUUCCCCCACUAAUUCAUCUAACGAGAAGAAGAAACUCUCCACCCUGGUCCCCAAACUCUCCGCCCCAAAGAUCGACCCGAACAAGCGCCUCUUCUACGCCUAUGGUAACGCUGCCUCUCUAUUCGUUCAAAUGGGUGCCUACCGUGGCGGUCCCAGAACCUUUGCCGUCGUCGGCCUCGCCUCCAAGCCACUUCACGUUUUUACCCGUCCCUGGUUCAAAUGCGAGUGGAUCUCCAACAACCGCUCCUCCCCCUCCAUUAGAGCUAAGGCCUAUAAAAUGCUACCCGAUUGGGGCUACGGUCGGGUGUAUACAGUUGUCGUCGUGAAUUGUACCUUCUCUGUAAAUCCUAAUGAGGAUAACUCCGGUGGGAAGCUCCAGCUCUACGCUUACUACAGCGAGUCGCCCAAAAGGUACGAGAAGAUGGUGGCUUUGGAGGAAGAACCAGGAUCUUACGACGAGUCCAAGUAUCGCCCUCCGUAUAAGUACGAGUACCUCUAUUGUGGGUCAUCUUUGUAUGGGAACCUGAGCGCUGCGAGGUUAAGGGAAUGGAUGGCCUACCAUGCUUGGUUCUUCGGGCCAAGCUCGCAUUUCGUGUUUCACGAUGCCGGAGGAGUUACGCCGGCAGUGAGGACCGCGCUGGAGCCAUGGGUGCGAGCCGGCAGGGUGACGGUUCAGGACAUUAGGGCGCAAUUAGAGUUUGAUGGAUACUACUAUAACCAAUUUCUAGUGGUGAACGACUGUUUGCACCGGUACCGACACGCUUCGAAUUGGACAUUUUACUUCGAUGUCGAUGAGUACAUAUAUCUGCCCGAUGGAAACACAUUGGAAUCGGUUCUGCAGGAGUUUUCUGAUAAUACCCAGUUCACGAUUGAGCAGAAUCCCAUGUCCAGUAAGCUCUGUUUGAAUGAUUCCACGCAGGAUUACUCAAAGCAAUGGGGGUUCGAGAAGCUGCUGUUCAGGGAGUCUCGCACAGGAAUCAGGAGAGAUAGGAAGUACGCUAUACAGGCGAGGAAUGCAUUCUCGACGGGAGUGCACAUGUCGGAGAACGUAAUAGGGAAAACGCUGCACAAGACGGAGACAAAGAUCCGAUACUACCAUUACCACAAUUCAAUAUCGGUGGAAGGGGAACCAUGCCGGGAGUUUGUCCCAAUGUCCAAAAAGAAUAAUAAGAGCGAAGUGACAUGGUACGAUAAGUUGCCCUACGUAUACGACGAUAACAUGAAGAAGGUAGCCAACACCAUUAAGGAGUUCGAGGAGAAAACCAUCGGAGUAGUUCAGUUGUAGACAAAAUUCU